GCUGUCUGCCUUGUGUUGGGUGUAAAACGAUGGGUGGCGCCCUUCCAAGUGGCCAAAAGAUCACUCAUCCUUGAUCUCUGUAGCUGAGAGCGUGUGAGCAGACCUUCCCGUUUGUCUGCCUGCCUGCCGUGGCAGGGCCGUGCAAUCAUGGGGGUACUCGCACUGAGGACACUGGUCUGUAAGCAGACAUGAACAUGAAACAGAGUUGGAUGAUAACGCUCUUCGUGAGUGUGGUGUUUGUGUUGUUUUGUGUUGCUGCAGCGUUGUUUGCUCAUCUACGCAGAUGACCCCAUGAACGCAGGAUGCAUCGCCCUCCGCCGCAGCCGCGUGGACGACAUCAUUGACAAACUCCACUCACACGGCCUGCCAGGUCGGCCAGCCAGGAGUCUGCCCUGACAGACAGACAGACAGACAGACAGAUGGCUGUCACGGUCUGGUUCUUCAGUCGACUCGUGGGACGCUGCGGCUCUCAAUCUGCCGAGGGGGCUGCUUAGAGGCAACUAUGACGCUGUGCUGCUGUGGACAGGUGAGGGGACGAAAUGCAGUGAAUUGAGGGUGAAUGAGCCCAAUCUAUCGUAUGUUUCAUCAGCUGACGACACUUUCUGUGAUCGCAAGCGGCUCGGUGACGAGCUGGCCGACUAUGUCGAUGCAGGAGGGUGCGCAACACCCCCAGCCACACACACACAGAGACAGAGGAACAAUCCUGUUCGUUCUGCUCUCCUGUUGGUUGCUGGUAUGGGUGCAUGGGAUGACUGCAGUGGUGUGGUGUGCAUGUACGUGGAGCCGGGCACGCAGCCGUCCGGCAGGUGGCUGCGGGAGGAGUAUCAUCCCCUCGAGCACGUAUCCAUCACCACUGGGCGGCACCUCGGCAUCGGCAAGAUACACAGAGGCCAACACCCAAUACUGAGCGGUGGGUGCGGUGAGCACCCAUAUAUCCAUCUGCCUACGAGAUUGAUGAGAUGGAUUGAAUGCACUGCCUGUGAGUAGGUGUGGGCGACUUUCGUGGCGGCCGUCAGUCGUGGCACAACGUGGGAGUCUUGAGGCCUUCAGCGAGAAGGAUAGCAGACUGGACAGAUGGGGUGCCGGUGAGUGAGCUACACAUGCCAUGCAGGUGGCCGCAUGUUGCACAUCACAUCCCUCUCUGCCUCUUCAGUUCCUCGCCGAAUCACGGGACACACGGGUCGUCUUCCUCAACUUCUACCCCUGUAAGUACGGCACACAAAAGACGGGAUCAGCAGCUUGAGUGACAAUGAUCCGCCCGUGUGUGUGGUGUGUUGUAUGCAGGUUCCUCCGACCUGCAUCCUGGCUACUGGGACUCGUCGGGCGACGGGACGCGUCUGAUAGCCAACGCGCUGUGCUACGCCGCCAGGCGGACACACCUCAUAUGAGUGUGUUUGACGAUGAGAAUGGCUUUUUGCCUCCGUGAGUGUACAUUAGG